AUGAAAGGACUUGCAACUUUUGUAGGUAAGUACCGGUGACAUGUUUUUAUAAAAAUCAUUGCCCAGCAUCAGCCUGUCUACUAGUGCUGUGAGUUGUAGUCUUUCAUUCCUGGUAAAUAAGCGCAGAAUUUGUACGUUUGCAUAAAAGGUACAGUGACGUCGAUCUCAGCUGGUAAGAUUUUUUUUGUGAUUCUGUACAUAAUUAAAAAAAGAAAACCAUUCAUAUCAGUAUUUCCUUAAUAAAAAUGGAGUACAUUUUAUUUAAAAAAAAUAAAAUAAAAGGUUAGGUUAGUCUAAGGUGAUAGUUUGUAAGUCAGCGUAAAUACCUGUGUUUUUAUAUAUAUAUAUAUAUAUAUAUAUAUAUGUGUGUGUGUGUGUAUAGUGUAUAUUUGCAUGCACACAGACACACUUGGACAUAUUGUCAAUGAAAUUGUUUACGACAGGGUUUCCUAUGACCGUGUGCUAAGUAAACACAGAGAUUAUGUUUCGCUUUGGUAUCCUGAAACCAAAAAAAAAAAAAUCUCCCCAGAUUCCCCACAAAGAUUCUUUUAAUGUAUUUAAUUUGAAAGCAUAGCUGUACUGUCACCUUCCUUGCAUUGUCUCCGGUGAGUCACUGUUAAUUAAAAAAACCACACACAAUUUACAUAAAAACACAAGAGAUCUGGAUAAAGAAAAUCCAUUAACUGUGACUCCUUUACGGCCUUUUGUCUUUACCAUGCAUGCAUAAAUAGGCCUUCUUCAAACAGUGCAGGCUUGGUGGGGUUAAUGCUUUGCAAUUUGGAGCCUGCCAGAGCGGAAGCCUGUUUUUUUUUUUUUUUCUUUCCACCUUUCUGUCUGUUGCUCUAACCCUUUCAACUCCAGAGGAAUGAGCAACACAUUUUCUUGCAAUCCACUCGAGUCUGCUGGUUCUCAAACAGUUAAGUAAAACACGGUUUGAUUUCUGGCCUUGGAGGAUGGGGGAAUGAAAAGGUUUUCUGAACAGCUCUGACAAUUCCAAAAGCUGUUUACAUCUCAUGGGAUUGAGAUCUCUCUCUCUGUAUAUAUAUAUCUAUAUAUUAUAACCAUUUUCUUAUUAUCAUUUCAUUUUGAAGGUGCGCAGUUUACGCAGGAUUCCCGACUUCCAGUUACUUCCGGAAACAUUCUGAAGGUUUGAUUUGAAAUUAAUCUUUAUAUGUGUUUGCAACAUGUUUAUCAAACAACAUUGUAUCAGUUAUACUAGGAUAGAGCCAUCAUCCUGUGUCCUUUUCGAACCUAGAUUCUACAUACAUUUCUUUUUUGCUGUAGUUAAUAAAAAGCAGGUUAAAGGAAAAUAAUUGCACGUGUACAAGAGUCUGCAACAUUUUUUAGAUUUUCGUUUUCUUACUGAACAAUUCAAAGCUAAAAAACAAAAACCACUGUGUGCCCAAACCCAUAGAAUCUUGAGUGUCUAACGUACGUGAAGUGUUUUACUAGUAGUGUCUUAUUUGCUCGGAAUCUUAGAACGUUGUGUAAAUUCGGUGUCCCCCUUUUUUUUAUAGGGGGGAAAAAAGGCCUAACUAAGCCUGUUUCAUUCUCUUUUUGCACAGGAUGGCUCCUGCUUGCUCGAGCUGCACAAAGAUAAUUACUCAGGAAGUGUGUCAGCCAAUGGCUUGAAGCAUUACAUUUGGAUUUCUAAAAGCACCCAAUCCGGCCCUCGCUUGUAUCAGGAAGACAGAUCAUUAAACUCAAGUGCCAAGCCCUUUUCUGUCUGA